UGUUGUGGGGGAGGGAGCGUUGGCGGAAGGGGCUGCUGGUUGAGGGAGCCUGCGGCCUACGUGGUUACCAUGGUGACGGCGGGGCCUGCCGCCCAGACCUCAACCCUGAGGGGGAUGCUGACAGGGUGACGACCCCGCCCCUUACCUGAGCCUGUCAACCCUCUUUCAGCCACCCCCCACUCCGAGGCCCUCCCCUGCUUUGAAAUAGAGGGGCCUGUUGACCCUUUCAGCACCCCCAGCUGUCAGCUAAAAGGACGUCCCCGCCCACCCCCAGCCAGGCUCUGCCUGUGGUGUUUGGUUCGCCAUGUACCCCUGGUGAGAGUUUUGGAUCUUCCUACAAAGGCCAUGGAGAAGAGGUUGGAAGGCAGAUUCAGCACCAGCUCUCUGAACAUAUUGGGAGACUUCUUUCGAAAAGCUGCCAAGUGUGUGGGCCAUCUCCAUCUUCUCUACAUGUGUGCCUGCCUCAAUGCCCUCUGUUCAUAUACAGAUGCAAGCUGGACCAGAAGUGCGUGCCAGCCAGGAAGGCCUCUGGGGGGAGGCCAUUUGAGGUCAUUGAAUGGUAUCCACCUCCAUCUGUUGGAAGGAUUUCACUCUGUCCAAUCCUGUCAAGCUGCUUGCUGUCAGAGCCCUGCCUGUGAUGCCUUUUGGCUCAUGGGAAAGAUGUGUAUCCAGGUGAACUGUCCCAAGCCUACUUGGUGUGAGGCAAUCUUGAUCAAUGCCACUGACUCCAUCUGGGUAUUUGUAAAGAGGUCUGAGCAUGCAAUAGACUUCCAGUCUGCAGCAGAGAGGAGAGGUCAGCUUCCUAAGUGGUUGGACUUGAGGGAGAGACAUCAAAGUAAUACAAGGAUGCGAAGGUCCUCGAAAGAGUUGCCAGCUGAGACAGCAAACAUCAGGGGAAGCUCUCUAAAGAGGGACACAGGCUCCAGCAACGGAAGUCCUACAAACCGCCCAGCUCCGUCUCAGCCCUUGGACAGUAAAUCUGCCCAUAAGGUUCUGGCAGAGCCUCAGUCAUCAUAUCAAGAAGCAAACCUUCCCAUAAACCAUAUUGAUCCACAAAAAAUCCCUCUGCCAAACAGUGAAGAUUUCAGAGGGACCAAAUCCCAAAUUCCUUCACUCCCCAGUAGCAAUAAUGUGAACAAACCAAGUGACUUUGCUGGGAAUGGCCCCAUGGGGGCCCCUGCAGGAGCCUCCACACCAGAACCCCCUCUGGCAGCUACACUCCCUAGUCCUGUUGGGGAUGCUGAGAAAGCCAACACUUCCAUCCAGCCUUUCUCCUUGGAGGAGGCCAUUCCGACUUCUAGCAACCUUUAUGGAAAGGAUAGUGGAGAAGCGCAGAAGGUUACCUUUGUUCCAUCUGGUACUCCCACCAAUGGUAGUAUUGCCGCAGUCCCAACAAACCCUGCUGUGCAACCCAGCACUGCCGCCCCAACACCAGUUAUUAAGAAACUGGCAGUUUCUGCUGGAGACAGUGUUGAAGUGACAUUGCCCAAAAAUGAAGUGGAGCUGAAUGCGUAUGUCUUGCCUCCACCACCUAAAGGAUCUAGCUACUCUUAUGACUGGAGGCUAAUCACACACCCCACUGACUACAGUGGAGAGAUGGAAGGACAGCACUCGCAGAUUCUCAAGUUAUCCAAGCUCACAGUUGGCCUGUACGUAUUCAAUGUGAUAGUAGAUGGUGAUAACUCUCACGGAGAAGGAAUGGUGAAUGUGACAGUUAAACCAGAGCCUCGAGUGAAUCAGCCACCUGUGGCCAUUGUGUCGCCCCGAUUCCUAGAGAUCUCACUACCAACCACCUCAACAGUAAUUGAUGGCAGCCAAAGUACUGACGAUGAUAAAAUAGUCAGCUACCACUGGGAAGAACUGAAGGGGCCUCUACGGGAGGAGAAGGUAUCUGCAGACACACCUAUUCUGAAGCUGACCAAUCUAGUACCAGGAAAUUACACAUUCAGCCUCACUGUGGUGGACUCGGAUGGUGCCAGCAACUCCACCACCGCCAGCCUAACUGUAAACAAAGCAGUGGAUUAUCCACCUGUGGCAAAUGCAGGCCCUAACCAAGUGAUCACUCUGCCCCAAAACUCCAUCACCCUCUAUGGGAACCAGAGCACAGACGACCGUGGCAUUGUCAGCUAUGAAUGGUCUCUCAGUCCCAACAGCAAAGGGAAAGUGGUAGAGAUGCAGGGAGUGAGGACUUCAACUCUGCAGCUCUCCGCAAUGCGUGAAGGUGAUUACACCUACCAGCUGACGGUGACAGAUUCUGCUGGCCACCAGUCCACAGCUGAGGUCACAGUGAUUGUGCAACCUGAAAACAAUAAGCCUCCCAAGGCAGAUGCUGGUCCAGACAAAGAACUGACACUCCCUGUGGACAGCACCACUCUGGAUGGCAGCAAGAGCUCAGAUGAUCAGAAGAUCACCUCCUUCCUUUGGGAAAAAACACGGGGCCCAGAUGGUGUGAAACUGGAGAAUGCCAACAGCAGCAUAGCCACAGUCACUGGGCUUGAGGUCGGGACAUACGAAUUCACACUGACUGUCAAAGAUGAGCGGAACUUGCAGAGCUGGAGCUCAGUUAACGUCAUUGUCAAGGAAGAGAUAAAUAAGCCGCCCACAGCAAAGAUUGCUGGGAAUGUCGUCAUCACCCUUCCUACCAACACGGCAGAGCUUGAUGGCUCCAGAUCCACAGAUGACAAGGGAAUUGUCGCAUUCCUGUGGACCCGGGAUGACAUCAGCCCUGCGGCUGGGGAGGUGUUAAAUAAUUCGGACCACCAUGCAGUGCUUUUCCUCUCCAACCUGGUGGAGGGGACAUACUCAUUCCAUCUGAAAGUGACUGAUGCCAAAGGGGAGAGUGAUACAGACAGAGCCACAAUAGAAGUAAAGCCUGAUCCAAGGAAAAACAACCUUGUGGAGAUUAUACUAGAUGUGAAUGUCAGCCAGUUGACAGAACGGCAGAAGGGCAUGUUCAUCCGUCAGAUAGGUGUUUUGCUGGGUGUCUUGGAUUCAGACAUCAUCGUUCAAAAGAUUCAGCCUUACACAGAGGAGAGCACAAAGAUGGUGUUCUACGUGCAGAAUCAGCCUCCUCACCAGAUCUUCAAAGGGCACGACAUUGCUCGAUCACUCAAGAACGAGCUGCAGAAGCAGCAGCAGUCGGGUUUCCUUAUCUUCCGAGUGCUGGAGAUCAAUACAGUCACUUGCCAGCUGAACUGUUCAGAGCAUGGGCACUGCAACUCCUUCACCAAGCGCUGCUUCUGCGACCCUUUCUGGAUGGAGAACUUCAUCAAAGUGCAGAUGGGUGAUGGCGAGAGCAACUGUGAAUGGAGUGUGCUCUACGUCGUCAUUGCAUCAUUCGUUAUCGUGGUCUCCUUGGGGAUCUUUUCCUGGGUAGUGGUCUGCUGCUGCAAGAAACGUAAGGGAAAACCCAAAAGGAAGAGCAAAUACAAGAUCUUGGAUGCCACAGAUCAAGAAAGCCUGGAGUUAAAACCAAAUCCCAAAGCAGGCAGCAAACAGAAAGCCCAGGCCCAGAACACCAGUCUGAUGCAUUCAGAAUCUGAGCUGGACAGCGAUGAAGCUAUCUUUACGUGGCCAGACCGGGAGAAAGGAAAGCUGCUGCACAACCAGAACGGUUGCCUGCGCAAUGGGCAGGUGAUGCCAAAGAACCAGCGAGAAGAGAUCCUAUAGCUGUGGGCUGCUGCUUGCAAAGGGAUAGUAAACAAUGCAGACGUCUGUUCUGCUCUUCAUUUGCACAAGGAGCCCCUGGAAAGCCCACUGUGUUGUGGAUAACACUGCUAAUGUAUUACAUGGAGACUACCUUUUGUUUACUGCUGAUCUUUUUUUAAAAAAAAAUUGAACUGCCUGUACUUGAAUCUGGACUUCAAGGGAAAUUCUGGCAAAAGAAGCUGUGAAAAAAAGACUGUGAAGGGUAGGCACUGGCUCUGAAAUGCUGUGGGACUUAAAACCACUCCUGUGAAA